AUGGAGAUCUCUAGUACAAGAACAACAUUAAAGUCCUCACCUUCUCUGGCAAGUAGUAAAGUAAAAAUAUACUGGAGAAAGUUUCGCGGCUGCCCAGGACUAGGAAUUAUUUUAGCUCUUAUUUCGGGUGUUUGUAACGUCACGUGCGGCACGUGUUUUAAACUUUUACCCUGUAUGAACCCUCUACAACUGCUGUUUUAUUCGAGUCUGUUUCAAACAACUGUUUUCUCUGUUAUGAUUAUUCAAACCCCUGGACCAGUUUUGGAAGAUAUCAGUGAACUGAAGUAUCUAAUUAUCCACAUCGUCACUGGUGUAAUUGGAACAAAUACAACAUACUACGCUCUUCGCUAUAUUCCUUUAGUAGAUUGUAUGACAAUCGUGUUCAGUACCCCAGCUGUCAUCAUCAUUUUAGAACGUUUCUUUCUGAAACGUCGUAUCGAAUUGUUUAAUGUCCUAACUGUCGUCAUCACCUUGGCAGGUGUCUCUCUCAUCACCAAACCAUUCACUAGCUUCAGUAACUAUGACGACAGCCAAAGAUCCGCAGAUCACGUGAUUGGAUACAUCUUGUCUGUUAUUGCCUGCUUUACAUUAGCAGUAUAUUACGUCACCGUACAGUUAAUGAAGUUUACUGGACCUUCAGUGGUCAGCUUUGGUUUGCCCCUAUUAACCGUUAUUGUAAACCCUGUUAUCUUAACGAUCUCCAAUGACUGGAGUCUACAUGAUUGUGGUAAGGAUGGUUGGGUCAUUGUUAUGUCGAGUGUCCUGGCAACACUUACUCAGUUGUUUGUAAUUACUGCACUAAAGAUAGAGAAAGCUGGACCAGUGUCCAUCGCUAGGACCACUGACAUAGUCAUAGCGUUUAUCUACCAAUCAUUCUUACUGAAGGAGAAGAUACAGUGGACCAGUGUAGUGGGGUCAGUUCUUGUCUGUACAAGUGUUGGUUUAAUCAGUUGGAAGAAGUGGAAGGCAGAGACUUACAUCCAGGAGAAAUUACAGAAGAUGGACGAUGUCACAUCUGAUGAUUAUUUACUUCAAAAUUCGUCUUAA